GCCGUAUAAUGUCUACUAAGCCCGCCGCCGCGAAGACGAAGCCAUCGUGUAGUGAAGGUGGUGAUCUACGUGUUGAGACUGAAAAUGGUGAAACAUUCAUCACAGCAACACAAAGAGCCGACGGAACUUGGAGAAAAGCGAGACGAGUGAAAGGAGGAUAUAUUCCUCAAGAUGAACAACCAAAAUAUCAAAAUAAAAUGCAGCUGGAAGCGACAAACGGCCGAAGUUCUGUUCCAGCAGGAGUGAAUCCACGUGCAAUGGCUUCUGGUUCAUCCCGUAAGCCUGUCAGUGCCAUCAAAGCUAACGUAUGCAUCACACCACAGGAUCAUUUCCAAAAGAAAAUCGAUUUGACGAAAAAGAAGAUUGAGGAUAUUGAAGGAAUGGAAUCGAGAAUCGCUAGCGGGGAGCUUGUUCCUCAACCGAAUCAAGUGAAGAAGAUCGCACGAAAGCAGGAGUAUUUGGAUGAAAUUGAAAAGUUGACGCUAGAAAUGAAGAAGUUGUGAAGGAGAUUGCAACGAUUAAAUAUAGAUUCUACCUCUCUGUUUCAUUUCAUGUGCGAUAGUUUCAGAUAAUUAUUUAUUUUAUAUUUUGUAUUUUAUGAACGGGUUCGAUACU